AUGGAGGAACGCGAAGACUUCGUGAACACUUUUAAAACACAGGUUAAAAUGGUUUUGGAUAUUCUGUUAAAUGUCGCCGUAUCGGAGAUAACGCAUGUUUUCCAAGGCACUUUUGCUCUUUGCGCCGGAGACCACACCAUAGAGGCGGUGCAGGCAUGCAGACUGAAGAAUGCAUUGGAGAUGGCAAUAUGCACAUACACACGGGAAACCACUGAAGUGACACCACGUGCAACUCGACAUGAUAUUGGUGAGGCCCCCAGUGGCUCUGUUGCUAUGCCAAGACGUGAUGAUGGUGAAGACAUGCACGUUAAUCUUAAAUAUGAGAGAUUGGACAUGGACUGGGAGGUGGUGAAGGUUGGUGUCUUCGAGGAGGGUGACAGUAUUGGGAAAAGCAUGCAAAAGAGUCAAGAGUAUGAAUGUCUUGUCUCUGAAUUGACGUUUGAACCAUCGACAUCCUCAGAGGUCUCGGACCCCCACUGCAUACACACUGAAAACAGUGCCACCACCACCACCACCCUGUCACUGUGUUCAAAUGACACCGUAUUGUUUAACUCCCCGACAGACAGACUGACUGAACAGGAGGUGCAGGUGGGUUCUUCCCAGGCCCCACAUCCAGUGCCCCUGAAAUGGCUUCUAUUUCCUCUUCCUAUCUCAGUCAGCCCAGUAAAAAAAGUGGAAUUAGAAAGGGGGAAACUGGAGCCUGUUCCCAUUGCCAUCAGCACGCCGGUGGAUUCGGAACAACAGCCAGCCAACACCCUUAGGAUUAUAGAUACAGAACCCAUGCUUAGAACACCUCUGGGACACCUGGAAGCACUCACUGACUAUGACAUCAGUGGUGCUGCUCUCAAAGAAGAGCCACUAGGAAGCUUGGGACAACCGGAAGUCAAGGAGGAGAUUGAGCUGGUCCGGCAUACUGCACAACCAAGUACACAACGGUACAAUGACAUUACAGCAACAACACAACGAAGCACACUACAAGAGCCGAUUCUCACCCAAGUAAACCCCAAUGUACAUGUGGCCACACAAGCAAGCAUUAUACUAAACCCAGCAGCAAAGGAAGAGCAGCGAGACCGAGGGGGACCAGUGUUGAGCGAGACCAGAAGCAGAAAAGGCUGUGACACCACUUCCACAGCACUUCAAGCCACCUCCUCCAUAUCACCUCACCGCUCUCCCCUCACCCCCUCCACUCCACCACUCCUACCCCAUGAGCUGGAGAAGCAGAUGAGAACCUGUUCAGUGAAGCUUGAGGACUUGCGGCUGGUGGGACACUGCCACCGUCGCCUGUGCAUCUGCUGGGACUGUGGCAAGAUCUUCUACCGGAAACGGAAGCUGAGGUGGCACCGCCGUUUAAUCCACACCGGAGAGAAACCGUACUGCUGCUCCCAGUGUCACCGGGCGUUCUCGCUCCGGAAGAAUCUGAAGCACCACCAGAGGACCCACACAGGGGAGAAACCGUACCACUGUAAAGACUGCGGGAAGCAGUUCCGGUGCAACGGGAAACUGACGACCCACAUGAGGUUUCACACAGGGGAGAAACCCUUCGGCUGCACCCUCUGUAGGAAAAAAUACAGGGUGCUAAAGAACUUAAAGACACACAUGGCCACCGCACACCCACACCCUGGCCGAUGUCUUAACCGUUAGAACAAGUCCAAAAUGGUACCCUAUUCCCUUUUGUAGUACACUACUUUUGUCUUAUAUUGCUCCCUCUGGGAACAAGGGGCGGAAGAACUUGACACAUGACAUCCAGACAUAAAGACAUUGAGGUGAAAGACCACCCCAAUACAGUGAAAGACUGAAUAGUAGAAGAUUCUGGAUAGAAUAUUUGAGUGGGAUGCAGUGUAGGCGGCCUUCGUGUUAUCUAGAGAUCUACAACUACGGUUGAAGUCGGAAGUUUACAUAUACCUUAACCAAAUACAUUUCAGAUCAGUUUUUCACAAUUCCUGAGAUUGAAUCCUAGUAAAAAAAAGUUCCUGUCUUAGGUCAGUUAGGAUCACCACUUUAUUUUAAGAAUGUGAAAUGUCAAUAAUAGUAGUGUGUUAUUUCAGCUGUUUAUUUGAUCACAAUCCCAGUGGGUCAGAAGUUUAAAUACACUCAAUUAGUAUUUGGUAGCAUUGCCUUUUUAAAUAGUUUAACUUGGGUCAAACGUUUCGGGUAGCCUUCCACUAGCUUCCCA